AUGUUGUUCAAGGCGCGAGAAUCUGAAAAGGGCCAUCGCUACAUCGUUGCCCUCGAUAAUGCUCGAAGUCAGAACAAAUGGGACGAGGUUCCUGAACUGAUUCGGAAGGUCAACAAACAUGCUCCUCACAAGACCUGCUUUCUAGAUGUUGCGAGAGCAGAGUACCAGGUCGUGACCCAUUUCCAGAACACUUCCUCCACCGCCAGCCCUCCGCCGUCCUCUUCUUCCUCCGAAUUAUCAGGAUUAAUACCAUCACUCCUUUCCACGAUUGACAAGGCAGACGGCUCAAAUCAGGAGAUAUUCCAGGCACAGGUAUGCCUAGGAUGGGUUCAUUACACUCUUAAUGAACCGGGAUUGGCCGCAGCUCGUCUGCCCAAGGACUUCAAACAAGAGUUGGACAACCUGACAGCCACCGGGGAUGAAUUGUCGCCAUGGACCAGCGUUUGUUUGGUGAAGGGCUGCUAUAUAAAAGGCGCUGCACAACAUCAGGUUUCGGGUCCUCAAGAUGCGUUGCAAAUAUUCAAUUCUCUCGCCCCCUGGCUGAACAGCACGAACCUAGGGUCGUCGUCCAACCAGUUCCUGUACUGGUCGGAAAAAAUUCUAGCGGAUGGUGCGCUGCUUGCGGGAGACAACGUGUGCAAGGAUAUUGUCUCAGCAGAUGGCGAAAUGGUGAGGGCUGCCCUAAAGAUCUUCCGGGCAUGGUCCUCUCAUCCGUCCGUCAAGCCAGGGGAUGGCGCUCCUGGCAUGCAAACUGAGAGCUUCCCAGAUCCUGCCCCGAAAUCUUCCAUCUCGAAAUCCUAUUAUGAUGUUCUUUCCGCCAUCCUGAUACAUGGCUUGCCAUAUACUGCACCGGCGCAAGGUCAUGAGCGCUCGCAGCUUGCUACCGAGUUACGUCGCGUUGAGGCAAUUUGCGAGGCCAACAUUCUCAGCGACGUGAAAUUUCCCACGGCUGAUGCCAGCAAUAAUGGUGUUGAGGCUUGGGUGGAGCAAGUCAUCCAGAACUGGGAAAGGCUAUGUGGCCCCCAAUGGCACGACGAGGAACUCGGUGAAGGUGGCCAGCAUGGCUGGGGGAAGAAUGUUCUUGAGAUUCUUUACCGUGCUGCAACCCGAACGUACCAUUCCUUCCUGAUCUUGAGGCGUCUUUUCCAUGUGCAUGCAGCACUGGCCGAGUUUGAUCUGGCAUUCAAGGCGCUCGAUUCUUACAUAGAGAUUGUCACAGGCGCCAAAGACAGAGCAGAGAAAUCGGUGCCUAACGAAGAAUUGGAAGACGAUGGCGUUUUCAUGCGAACACUUUCCGAAGGUGUCACCAUCUUAUGCUCCUACGGCUCUGACAAGGAGGCGGAAAAAGCUAGAGAUCUCACCACUACCUUGAAGGAAUUUAUCAGCAAGCACGUCACGGACAGCGAGAAUGAGGAGGAGCGGAGAAUGAUUGUUGACUCGAGCAACGUUUCUCCCCUUGAUAUUAGUGCGACCUACCGUGCUAUUGGUAUCGGGCUUGCGAACUGGGCAAGUUGGACGCCACUUAACGAAAGUCGUGAUGACAUUCGAACUGAGGCCAUUGAGUGCCUCGAACGAAGUAUUGCCCCUGAGCUAGGGGACCAGUUCAACUAUUCGUCCCUUUACACUUUAGCUCUGCUGUUGGCGGAGAAUCGUGACCUUGAUGCUGCGAUUGAAUACGUUAGGUCAGCGUUGUCAUCAAACAAGGAUCCAGAAGCUACGUCGGCUUUUAGUCGCGAGCGGGAUUUAAUACCAUUGUGGCAUCUUCUGGCAUUACUCCUAAGUGCAAAACAAGAGUUUGAUAUCGCAGAGCGGUCCUGCGAGGCUGCAUUUGAACAGUUUCCCGCCGCAGUUACUUCGCUUGCCCACAGUGACCGGAGGCCACCAAAACAUCAACCUAAUGCGCAAGACCAAACGAAGCUGAAACGGGUGCUCAUCGAUCAAAUGCGGAAUCGGGAAAAGGAGCGUAUAAUCGAGACUCGCAUGACGCAACUCGCUUUCGUCGAGGUUUUGGAAGGUCCCGAGGCUGCACUCAACCAUAGCGAUCAGCUUCUCGGCCUCUUCGGCACCCUUUUCCGAACGUUAGACCUUGAGCCUGGAACCCAGGCAAACAACAAGUCAGAUCAACUUGCCCGCCCGAAAAGCUCUUCCGGUACAGUAAGAAGCUUCCGCGGCAGCAUCUUUGGACGGCACAAGGCCCCUCGCAUUCCAGACCCGAAGACCAUGCCCGCCAGCGAAUCCAAAACUGACUCCCCAACUCAUUCUUUGCCUCAGGCCCACUCUCUAAACAUUGAUGGUGCACCCUCUAUCCAGGUGACAGACGAAAAUGACCCAAAUGUUGGCGAUAGUCAUGCUUCUCUGGCAAGGUCCGAGUCGCGGAAGCUCCGUAAGCGCAGCAGCACUCUCAAGAAAGCGGAAUCGACAAAUGAUUCAGGACCUCUCAAUGGUGAUAGCGUUAGCCAUCAGGGAUCUGAACUCGGCGAAAUCAACGGACAACACCGUGAGCAAGAGGUGCCCCCCAGCCCGGAAACGGUGCGUAGUGCGGUUUCGCAGGCUGCCAAUCAACCACAGAGCGCAAAGCACACUCUGGCUCCAAUCGCACAUAAUUUCAAACACACGCAACUAGAUGCUCCUGCUGGUCAUGAGAACCAGCCGCCGGAGCAGGAUAUACGGCUGCCCACGUCCUACGGUUUUGAAUCGCCAACAGGAGCUUUGACUAAGUUUCCCCAUACUCAAGCCCAAAAGCAUGCUCUAUGUAUCCUUGUUAAAGUAUGGCUGCUUAUCGCAGGACUUUAUCGGCGGGCUUCGUCCUUUGAAGAUGCAGCCGAGGCGUGCGAGGAGGCUUCAAAACACUUGAAGCGGAUAGAAACUCUUACAGCAUCGCAGGAUCCCUCAGCCCGGUCAUUUCGCGAGCGUGGAUGGGCCACUCCUAAAAGCUCCGACGAACUUUGGGCUGAUAUUUACGCUGAGCGUGGCUUAUUGUUGAACGCCCAGUCGCGUCCCCAUGAGGCAAUAGAGCAUUUCGAGGAGGCUUUACUAUACAACGCUGACCAUCCAAAGGCCACCGUCAGCUUAGCGAACCUGCUUCUUGACAUUUGGGACCAGAAACUUCCUCUUCAGCCUCCAGAGCCGGGUGUGGAAACUGGUCUGCCAGCGGUGACUCCGCCACCAGCCAGAAAGUCAGCCGAGAGCAGGCGUCUCGGCAAAUCUGGAGUUUCUGAUUUAGUCAAGCCCAAGACUGAGGCCUCGGCUCCUAUCACCGAAGAUGAAGAACCCAAACUUAUCAACCGUAUCGCCGCCCGGGAACGGGCUUCUGGAUUGCUGUCGGCCUUAACCAAACGCGGAACCUCGUGGGAUAAUUCCGAAGCGUGGUUCGCCCUUUCCAGAGCAUACGAGGCUGUUGGUCAAACGCAAAAGCUAAAAGAGGUCUUGUGGUGGUGCAUUGAGCUGGAGGAUCGACGACCUAUACGUCACUGGUCCAACCUCGGCUCUGGUGCAUAUGUUCUAUGA